CCAUCGAUGAACUCAACAUGGAGGCUGCUGGUUGUUGUGGAACUCUGAAUCAGGAGAUUUCAUCAUUUAAUAAUCAUUCACACUCUGCUGGGGAUGAAUUCAUGAAGUGAACCUUUGAUUCAGGUCCCGAGGAGGAGAUUUAAUCACUGACAGACUUCUGUGGAUGAAUCCAUGAAGCUGUGGCUCCUUUCUGCCUCCACUAACCGCCCUGUUGGAGGAAUUUACUGAGCUAACGGAGCUCUGACUGACGGUUAGCUAACUCUGGUGAUUUAUUAAUGAUCUAACGGUGCUGUCUGACCGUUAACUGUGGUCUCCGAGGGACCGGAUGGAGCCCCGGCAGCUCACCGGGCUGUUCGGACAGCUCAGCGGGUUCCCAGCUCCUGUUGGGGCUCAUGUGACCGAGGAGCAGCUGGAGGGGGUCCGGAUCUACCGACUGGCUGCAGAAUGGGGUCAGAGCGACCUGGUCCGAGGGUCCAGACUUCGGUUCUCCCAGCAGUGGACUCUGAUCGCAGACAGCAACAACCACCAGACCAUCAGGACCGUCCUCCCACCGGGGACAUGUGCCCCACUGUCUGCAGAGUUACUGAGCAGUCGUUCUCCAGUCCAACACCUCAGAGCUGUGCUGAAGGACAUCAGUGGCCACCAUCUCCUGGAGGUCUGGGACCACCAUGGACUCACUAAAUGCUUCAACCUGACGGCCCUCAACAACCACGGCAGAGUGUAUGAAGACGCUCAGUUUGGGUGUCUAUCAUGGUCUCCAUGUGAGAACAAACUGCUGUACAUCGCAGAGAAGAGCAAGAUCUCAUCAGGAGAAGGUCAGGAUGGAGAAUCUGGAGGCAGGAAGGACAGGAGUGUGUACUGGGAGGACUGGGGUGAGGCUCUGACCAAUAAGAGUGUUCCAGUGAUCUGUGUGGUGGAUCUGCAGAACGACACCGUUGGUGUGUUGCAGGGCGUCCCAGCUGACGUCUCACCUGGACAGGCUCUGUGGGCUCCCGAUAGUCAGUCGGUGUUUUUUAUCGGUUGGUACCACGAACCCUUCAGACUCGGACUGAAGUUCUGCUCCAACCGCAGGUCGGCGUUGUUCAGACUGGACCUGGAUGGAAGCUGUGAACGUCUGUCUGGGGAGAACCUCUCGGUGUCAUGUCCCAGGCUCAGUCCAGAUGGAUCUACGCUGGUCUACCUGCAGGGGGCAGUGUUUGGUCCUCACAGCCAGUGUCUCAGCCUGCAGCAGCUGGACCUGAGCAGCAGGAGGACGUCCACCCUGCUGGAUGUUGUCUGCAGACCUCAGCCUGGUCAGUUUGCAGGAAUUUAUGAAGCUCUGCCGUCCUGCUGCUGGUCUGCAGACAGUCAGAAAGUCAUCUUCAGCAGCGCCCGCAGGAACUGGAAGGAUCUGUUCCUGGUGGACAGAAGAUCUAAGAAAGUCUCCUCCCUCUCUGAUAAUCUCUCUGAUCCUUUACAAGUUUAUGGAAGCUGGAAGCUGCUGACGGUCCAGAGAGACCUGAUGGUUGUCUCCUGUUCCAGCCCCAACACACCUCCCACCCUGAGGGUGGGCUUCCUGCCAGCAGCAGGUGCAGCUGUAACCUGGAGAACUCUGCAGGAACCCAUCAUGACCUUCGACUUCCAGUGGUCCAUUUUAGAUGUUUCUCCUCCACCAGAGGAGGACAACAACCACUACUCUGGUUUGGACUUCGGGGCCUUUCUGGUGAAACCUUCUCGUCCUCUUGGUGAAAGCAGGACUCCGCUGGUCGUCUUCAUUCACGGUGGACCUCACUCCCAGUCCCCUGCAGAGUGGAACUUCACCACAGCUGGACUGGUCAAACUGGGCCUGGCGGUGCUCAUGGUGAACUACCGAGGAUCCACAGGGUUCGGCCAGGAUAGCAUCCUGUCUCUGAUUGGUCAGAUCGGGAACCAGGAUGUAAAAGACGUGCAGAGGGCCGUCCUCACGGCGUUGCAGACCCACGCCUGUCUGGACCCCAAACGCUUGGCUGUGAUUGGUGGUUCUCACGGCGGUUUCCUGUCCUGUCAUCUGAUUGGUCAGUACCCAGACUUCUACAGAGCGUGUGCAGUGAGGAACCCGGUCAUCAACGCUGCUACGCUGCUGGGAACCAGUGACAUCGUGGACUGGCGUUACACCAGCGCUGGGUUUCCCUUCUCCUACGACCAGAUCCCCUCAGCUGAAGCUCUGGCUGCCAUGUUACACAAAUCCCCCAUCAGCCACGCUGCUCAGAUCAAGGCUCCGGUGCUGCUGAUGCUGGGAGGAAGAGACAGAAGAGUUUCUCCUCACCAAGGUCUGGAGCUCUACAAGGCCCUGAAAAGCCGAGGUUCACCUGUCAGGUUGCUGUGGUUUCCAGAAGACGGACAUUCUCUGUCCAGAGUGGACACGCAGGAAGACUGCUUCCUGAACACGGUGCUGUGGCUGAACCAGCAUCUCUGAACUGAUGGAGGUUUGCAGGAGCUGAGAGCUGCACGACCAACACACAUUCAUUCAUUAACACUGAAGCCGAAUGAACUUAAACCUGCUGAGCUCUGCCAAAUCAAAGUGAGAAUAAGUGACUUAUUUCUGAGGGAGGUUUGAGGUUUUGGAGAACAGCUGACAUGAAGAAAGUGUGACUGUUAAACUGGCUUUGUAGUGCAGCCCUCAGUUCUGCUGCAAACUCUGAUAGGACACAGCUCAGACAGACCACUGCCUUUAAUAUCAAUGCACCUAACUGUAAAAAAAAAAAAUCAGAGCAUGUAAUAAAGGAAAUCUUGAAAACCACUGAUGUGUAGAUUACUGCUCAUUUCAUGUUUUUGUGACUUUGUGUCACAUUUCAGACGACACACUAAACUAGAAAAGCGCUCAGAGAGCAGUACUCCUCCAAGGAUGCUCAGUUGAUGUAUCAUUUCUGACGGAUGAAAUAUUUAAUAAAAAAAUGACCUUGUGCUGAGUGCAGGCAUGUGUUUUGUAUGUGCAUGUUAUGUAUGAAUACCAAACUGUAAAUUACUGUUCUACAGGUUGGUUGGUCAUCAUUUUUGGCAAGCCUUUGUUUUGCUAGUGUUAAAAUAACUGUUCCUUCUAUGCUUUUAUUUUGAAGAUGUAAUUUUUAAUGUUAUGGUGCUUUUAUUUUGUCACGGUUCCAGCGGCACAGGAACUGGAAGAAGCAGUUGCUUAAACAUGACGACAAAGUUUUUAGUUCUUUUUCUCCAAGUAGUUGAAGAAAGAUCACCGCAAAUUAGCAUUUUUUUGCAUUGAAAUAAAAUGUAAUAUCUCAGAAACUGA